CGUUCUUUUUUCUUUUCGGCGAAAUUGAAAACCUCAUAUACGAAGAGGGAAAAAUUCUUGUCAAAAAUAAAAGAGGGAGAAGAAAACGGUGUGCCCGUUAAACGCUAAGUAGUCGUUUGCAUAAUAAACGCCUCCGUGAAGAACACCCAUUUAGAACUGAGAUGGCUAAAAGAUUCAACUCGCAGCUAUUCGUCAGCAGAAUAUCAUUUUACACCACAAAUGAACAACUGAAGAGGUUGUUUUCGCCAUUUGGGGUAGUUACAGAAGCUAGGCUAGUUAAAGACCCAAGAACCGAAAGACCCAAAGGUUUUGGUUUUGUCACAUACGAAUCAGAGGCUGAGGCUCAGAAGGCUUUGAAGGCCAUGAAUGGCAGGAUAAUUGAUGGGAGGCUGAUUUUUGUUGAAAUUGCAAAGACAGGGGGAGUUGAAGGUUCCACUUCUUGAUGAGAAGGCUCAUUUUAAUGUUCCAUAUAGAUUUCUGUAUAGAAAAUUGCCUUUGGGAUUCAGUGUUGGAUGACAAAUAACAUAUUGUUUCAAGUAGUUUCUAACCCCGCCCCUAGUCUAUAAAAAUGACAUGCGUUCUUUUACAUUUGAGAAGCACAUUGCUUUUUUUAAUUGCAGGGACAAAGUUGAAAGAAAUUUUAUUAAAAAUGCAUUUGUUCUUCCAACUUGGCCAUUGCAAUUAAAAAAAGCAUGUGUUUCUCACAUAUAAAAUAACACGCAACAUUUUUAUAGACUAGAUUGGAGGAGGUUGGAGGAAAACUCUAUCCUUACAAUAGUGUAUGUAUGUAGUAGAGCUUCAGUUCAAGUAUGCUCAUUUCAUUAUUAAUCUUAAUGCAUUUUAUUGAUGUUGCUUUCCAA